AUGUUUAUCAACCAGGUCCUUGUCCUUCGUGUCCUGCAGGGGGUAUUGGCUUUCAUUGCCAUGGCUCUGGGAGCGACCGUGGCCAACGUAUUGAACACUGAUCAUCCCACAAUCCACGUGCCAUCGGCUGUCAUCUUCUUCAUCUUCACGGCCGUCUUCACCAUGCUGAUCACCGUCCCGUACACUAUCUUGACGCCUCGCUAUUUUCCUGUCCUCGCCUACCCAUACGCAAUGCUUGCGGCGGAGGCCACAACGUCUCUCUUCUGGCUCGGUGGCUUUGCCGCGAUCGCAGACCGGAUGAGAAAAUCGAACAUCUGUGAGGUUGGUGCAUGUGCUUCGGCCAGAGGGAGUGUCGUCGUGGGUGUAUUUGAAUUUCUUCUUUUUGCGGUGACCGCCUUCUUUGCCUUCUCUCAUGUGUUCCUCGGCGGCAGGUUCAGUGGAGACACAGCGCAGAAGAAGCAACCCGAGGUGCAACGAGCCUGGACCGGAGCAGAGGUGGUCUAG